CCCUCACAACCGCUUACGACCGUUCAGUGUUCGUUCGGGCUGUGUGUCGUGGUGGCCUACGUCCGUUCCAGCAGGCGUAGUUUUGAACGAAAAGCGUCUCCCUACACCGUCUUGCUGAAACCUGCUGAAUUUCAUGUUUUGCAUUUGUUGUUGUACGUGAUUCCGUGUAUUGUGAAUGCGGAGGCGAUAAUUCCUCGCUGAAGGCAACGUUCUCCACUCAGCAAUGGCAUCUGGGUCUCGCGGUCCCAACUCCAAGGUGUUCUGCCCCGACCACCCGGAUGCUGCGUUGGUGGAGGAUUACAGGGCAGGCGACAUGAUCUGCCCUCAGUGCGGACUCGUCGUCGGUGACAGGAUAGUGGAUGUCGGCACGGAGUGGCGAGUGUUCUCUAACGAGAAAAGCAACAGCGACCCAGCCCGAGUGGGAGCGUCCGAAAAUCCUCUCUUGAAUGGCAGCGACCUGGCCACGAUGAUCGGCAAAGGUACGGGUGACGCCAGCUUUGACGAGUCUGGCACGGCCAAGUACCAGAACCGCAAGACUAUGAGCAGCGGGGACAGAGCCCUCAUGAAUGCAUUCAGAGAAAUCAGCAAUAUGGCAGACAGGAUCAAUCUGACGAAGACCAUAGUGGACCGAGCUAACCUUCUCUUCAAGCAAGUUCACGAUGGCAAGACGCUGAAAGGGCGCAGCAACGAUGCAAUUGCAUCCGCAUGCCUGUACAUAGCUUGCCGCCAGGAAGGAGUGCCGCGUACGUUCAAGGAGAUAUGCGCCGUGUCGAAAGUCUCCAAAAAGGAGAUUGGGCGUUGCUUUAAGCUCAUUCUCAAGGCCUUGGAGACUAGCGUGGACCUGAUCACAACGGGAGAUUUCAUGUCCCGCUUCUGUUCCAACUUGGCUCUGCCAUCGUCUGUUCAAAAGGCCGCCACACACAUUGCUCGCAAAGCUGUUGAGCUGGACAUUGUUCCCGGCAGGAGCCCCAUUUCAGUUGCAGCGGCUGCCAUUUACAUGGCCUCCCAAGCAUCCGAGGACAAGAAGUCUCAAAAGGAAAUCGGGGACAUCGCAGGUGUGGCAGAUGUGACCAUACGACAGUCUUACAAGCUCAUGUACCCCCGUGCUGCCGAGCUGUUCCCCAAGGACUUCAAGUUCUUCACCCCCAUCGAGCAGUUGCCUCAGUCAUGAGAUGUACUGCGUUUUCCUUUUUUCACUCGUCUCUACUAUAUUUACGCUCUUAUGUGUGUGUGUAUGCACUUGUUCCACCGUGGAGAAACGUGACACCUACUUGUCAGCAUGAAUUAAGUUUCCUAUCGCAGGGACAUUUUUGCAUCGGCCCACAGUUAUGUCAUGAACACCGUAUUUACUUGGAUACAAGUUAUGAGCACCUUUCAAAUAAAGCCAGUGAAGAAUAA